AUGUUCCUUCUUUGCACUGAAAGGUUCUCUGCCCUAAUCCAGAAUGGUAUGAAGAGAGGAGCCUUCCACGAGGUAAGGGUGGUACCAAAUAGGAUGCCUAUUUCGCACUUAUUCUUUGCUGAUGACUCAGUGUUAUUCUGUGAUGCGACCUUGAAUGAUGCGCAAGGGGUGAGAGACAUUUUGAACAUUUAUGCGGAGGGGUUGGGUCAGGAGAUUAAUAUGGCAAAGAGUUCUAUUUACUAUGGGUCAAAGGUUAAGAAGUGGGAUAAGAAGAUUAUUGAGCGUACUUUGAACAUUCAAAGUAAGGUGGGGUUUGGAAAGUACCUUGGGCUUCAAGCUGAUUUUGGUCAUUCAAAAAAACCUAUCUUCAAGGACGUCCGAAAGCGGAUCGAGACAAAGAUGGUGGGAUGGGCUGAGCAGUUUUUAAACCAAGCAAGGAAGGAAGUCCUUAUAAAAGCAAUGGCAAUGGUUAUGCCAAAUCAUGCCAUGGGUUGUUUUAAGUUACCGAUCAGGGUUUGCAAAGACAUUGAGAAAUCUAUUCGAAGCUAUUGGUGGAGGGAAAUGAGCACCGUAAGGGGGUUCAAUGGGCCUCUUGGGAUCGCUUAUUGA